UUUCAAAUGCCUAACUAAUGUUGAUUAUUCAUUAGACAAGUCUUAUAAAUUAACCUGCUUACUCACUUAUACUUACUAUAUAACUAUGAGUAAAGCUUAUACAUAGAUAGGUCGAUAAGAGCUCCGGUUCGGCGGCGGUUCAGGAUAUGACAUGAUUAUCAUCCCCGACGAUCCGAUUAUAACUUGCCUACCUUUAACGGGAUCUUGGCUCUUCGUUUCCAAUGUCACAGGUAAAUCAUAUUUUUUUGGGUUUUUUUUCUCUGCGAGACGGAAACGAAGAUGUUCGCGAGGACGGCCCAGCGGCAAUUCCAAUCGCUUCAUUUGCGCAGCCUAGCACGCUCGUUCUCUAGUACCGCACCGGUGAGGACGGAUUUUACGCAUGUUGUCAUAGGCGGCGGCGCCGUCGGCCUCGCCAUCGCGCGAGCCAUAGUCUCCCACCACCCUUCCUCCAGUAGCGAUAGCACGCUCCUGCUAGAACGGCACGCCCACACCGGCACGGAAACCUCGGCGCGCAACAGCGAGGUCAUCCACGCAGGCUUGUACUACGGCGCCGGUUCCCUGAAAACACGUCUGUGUAUCCGCGGCCGCGAGGCCCUGUAUUCUUUCUGCGCGCGCUGCGGGGUGCCCCACGCGCGCGUGGGGAAGUGGGUUGUAGCGCAGGACGAGGCGCAGGUCGAGGCGCUGAGGGGGAUACACGAGGUGUGUAGGACGGCGGAGUUGGGCGUGCCGACGCGGUGGGUGGGGCGCGAGGAGGCGCGGAGGUUGGAGCCGGAGGUCCAGGCUUUGGGAGGGGUCCUGGAGAGUCCGGAGACGGGAAUCGUCGAUUCACACGCGCUGAUGACUGCGCUGCUGGGGCAGUUUGAGGAUGGUGGGGGUGUGCUGGCUGCUAAUUCGGCGGUUGUAGGUGUUGAGGCUUUGGGGUCCAAGGCCGGUGGUGAUGGUUGGCGGCUUACUGUUCGCGAUGCGGCUACUGGUACCGAAUCGAGUAUCACAACCUCGACGAUCAUCAACAGUGCUGGUCUCGGCGCUGCUGAUAUCCAUAACAUGAUCGUGCCACCGGACAAGCACGUCCAGCUGUACUACGCCAAGGGGAAUUACUUCAGCUACGCGUCCUCGACCCCCAAAGUCCGUCGACUAAUCUACCCGGUAACCGCCCCUGGCGCUGGUGGGCUAGGCACCCACCUAACGCUCGACCUCGCGGGCCGGAUGCGCUUCGGGCCCGACGUAGAAUGGGUCGAGUCCCCCGCCGACCUAGCCGUAAACGCAGCGCGUCUACCAGCCGCCAUCGCCGAGAUAAAGAAGUAUCUCCCGUCUAUUGACGAAAGCGCCCUGACGCCAGACUACGCGGGCAUACGGCCGAAGCUAUUGCCGGCAGGUGCGGUAGCAACGGGCGGAGGGGGGUUUGUGGAUUUCCAUAUCAGGAAGGAGGAUGGGUUUGAGGGGUGGGUGAAUCUGCUGGGGAUAGAGAGCCCAGGGUUGACUAGUUGCCUGGCGAUUGGGGAGAUGGUAAAGGAUAUGUUGUAUGGAAGUGGGAAGGUGGAGGGAUCCGCGGCAUUGGGGACGUAGAUAGGGGUAAGAAAGUGCGUAACCUCCAUAGGUAGGUAUCAGAGGCUUUUGGUUAACGAUCACGGCAAUUUAUGUGUCAGAUAGAAAACAAGUUAAAGGGGGCGCAGCAACUUGAUACAAUAACACAAGCACAUAUAUAAGAUACAAGAACUAGCCAAG